UUAUUUCCACAAGUAGGAGCUAUAGUCUCACAAAUGAUAUAAAUAGAGUCUCUCUGUCGCUCAUUUUAUAAACAAAGAGCUCUCAACUAUCCAAAUGGGUGGUAAUUCUCAUUCCCCUUGUGCCUCAUGCAAGCUCCUUAGACGCCGUUGUGCUAAGGAUUGUAUCUUUGCUCCUUAUUUCCCUUCCCAUGAUCCUCAAAAGUUUGCAAUAGUUCACAAGGUUUUUGGUGCCAGCAACGUCAGCAAAAUAAUCCAGGAACUUCCUGUUCAACAAAGAACAGAUGCAGUAAGCAGUUUAGUGUAUGAAGCUUAUGCAAGAGUGAAGGAUCCUGUUUAUGGUUGUGUUGGAGCCAUAUCCUACCUUCAAAACCAAGUUUCUGAGCUUCAAAUGCAGCUUGCAGUAGCACAAGCAGAAAUACUCUAUAUCCAGAUGCAACAUCAUGAUGAUGAUGAGCCUGUAACGCAAAUUCCAGAAAUGGGAAUGGUCCUUGAUCAUAACUUUCCUUCUUCAAGCAAUGUAAUUCAUCAUGAUUCUCUCUCAAGAGAGAGUGUUUUUGGUUAUGACGUGGUUUCUUGAAUGAAAAUUGUUCACAUGCUUUUUGAUUUUUUUAA